CACGCAACGGGUGUUGGCGAGCAUCGAUGGCGUACACAAGUGACCGUUCCUCCCCUGAUGGUGGCACCGACGGCACAUGGCAGCUUGGUGUGAAGAAGUUGACUCUGUCGGAGUCCAGGUUGGUCAGAGAAUGCGUCUUGUCGGCGGUGGUGGAACAAGAUGACCCUUUAUCGUUGGUGGUCCCUUCCGACAAAGCUUUCACUCGCACGGCACCGCUAGUAUCUUCAACCAGCACCGUUCCAUCCAAAACACUUGUACAAGCUUCUUCCCAUCCGGGAACUUCCUCCAACGAUGUGGUUGCGCUCGAAGCUGGCGAAUUGGAUCCCUUGAGUGCGUUCAUGUCUGACGUUCGGGACAACCAUGGAACCGCGGCAAACGCGACGCUUCCUCCUCCGACAAGCGACUCCGUGAUUGCGUUGUCCUAUGUUGACCCCAAGAACGAGCUCUUGGACGAAUGGACCGUCCUAAAAGACGUCGUCUUCCAAACUUUUUCCGCCGAGCGCUUCCACAUCACUCUCCACGCGAAUGACGACGCCACCGACAGCGACGUCAAGAAGAAAGUCGUGUACUCGAACUCUACCACGAGCAACAACCCAGUGAUGCAGCGGGCGCGGGCUCGUCUGGAGCAGCUCGAGAACCCCACGGCGCUCGACGAACCCACGACUAUCGAAGUCUCCCAGAGCGAGUACAUCAGCCGAAUCAAAGCCCUCCAACAGGAUUUUCUCAACGCGUGGCACGACGAUCAAAAGGUGCUGGCGCUACGCAUCACCAUCAAGUGCAUCAAGUUAUUAGGAGACACGUCGUUCCCCAAGUUUUACCCGUGCAUGUUUGUGCUCGUGAGCGACGUGCUCGACUGUUUUGGCGCGCACGUGUUUAAUCGGAUCAAGGCCAAGGCCGACGACCAUCACGUCCUUCCACAUGGAUUUACAUGUGUGGACGUGGACAUCGAGGCCAAGGAAACGUGUCGAAACUGGUUUUACAAGACGGCGUGCAUUCGAGAACUGUUGCCGCGCAUUUAUACUGAAAUCGCUCUUCUGCGGUGCUAUCGCUUUCUCUGCGACGGCGAGUACCCGCACAUCGUCGCACGUUUGUCCAACAUGAUCAAGGGCGUGGGGGACGUGACGGUCGCACUGUACGCGCGGACGUACUUGGCAUUGGCCAGCAGUCGUGUGUUGCCUGCCACCAAUUCGACUAACGUGCUACUGCAGUCGAUGCAAGACUACAUGUACAUCAUGCAUCGCUUUGGAUUGGACAAGGCAGUGCAGUAUUAUACACAGACAGAGUCGACCGAGUCGGAUCUCCAAGCAAUUCACGCGCCGGGCGUCCACUGGCUCAUGAAAAGCAUCGCGUUGGCUGCGACCGAGCAACACGUGGAUUUACUGUUUCACGAGUAUAAACAAUACGCAGAGAAUAGCAUGGUGUUGGAGCAGAUGGUCACGGCGUUCCCGGGCAAGUUACUCGCCAAGCACACGAUGGCGUUGGUGCAACUCAUUCGCCAAACUAACCACAAGGAAGAACUAUUUCGGUGUUUAUCGCUCAAGUUGGUGGAAGCGCCGCCUCCUGCCCACGACAAGCUCGUGUUUCUGAACGAAGUGUGGAGCACCAUCACCCGCCUCGACGACGUCCACGCGUACUUGCGCUGCGCCGCGGCGUUUGUGGCGCUGCUGGUCGCCCACUAUUCCGUACAAUAUAUAUAUAUAUAAAUCCA